AUGCCUCCUUCAAAGUGGGAUGAGGAAUCCGAAGAGUCUUCCGAAGAAGAAUCAAUAGACGUCCCUGUUGCCCGACGCAAGUUCGCAGACGAGGAAGAUUCGGAUGAUGUCGCUGAGAACUGGGAUGAAGAGGAAGACUCAGAGGUUGAGCGAGAAAAAGCCGCCAAAGCCGCCGCAGCUAAAGCCAAAGCCGAUGCAGAAGCCGCAACCAACAAGAAGACAAAGUCCCAGAGAAUAGAGGAACACCGAGAAGCGAAUCGACGGAGACGCGCAGUAGAGGAAGAAGAUGAGAGUUCAGAAGAAGACGAGGCCACUCGACGCGCACGACUGCGACAGUCAGAACAAGAUGCAGACCUCAAGCACGCUCAAGAUCUCUUCGCCGAUGUUGGCAUGGGACCCAAAUCACGCGCUGCUCCCAACAAGGCCGUGAUUAUUGAGGACAAAGCCCAUCCUGGUCAGACCAUCGACUUAUCGUCACUCCCAAUGUUCAAACCCGCCACCAAGACACAGUUUGACGCACUCUCGGCCACGCUCGUCCCGUUACUCACAGCCUCGUCCUCCAAACCCCACUAUCCCAUAUGGGUAGCCAAUUUUGUGAAGCAAAUCUGUGCAGAUUUGCCGAGUGCCGAAAUCAAAAAGGCUGCGAGUGGUCUAACAGCUUUGAGCAACGAGAAAAUGAAGGAGGAGAAGGCACAGGAGAAGGGCGGCAAGAAGACAAAGGCAGCAAAGACCAAGACGAGUCUUGCAGCGACGAGAGAUAUGGGAAGAGGGAUAGCAGACACCACAAGUUACGAUGACGGUCUGGGAGAUGAUGACUUCAUGUGA